UUUUUGCUGCUCUAGACGCGUUUGCCGAGCAUAUUACGGUAAGGUGGACCGGCAGCUAGGUCCGCUGUGUGUGUGUGAGAGAGAGUGUGUGCGUCAGGUGAUCCUCCGGCCAGCGGGGAGUGUGGAUGUGCGCACUAGCCUGACGGGAGAAAAUGCAAAAUGGCACGCUGGGAAUGUGAGGGGAUUGUGGGCUCCCCGUCUCCUGCUGCCCCGGCUCCCGGGAUCCCUGGCUGGAGGAUGAAGAGCUAGACCAAUCCCUGCCUCAUCCCUGCAAUUUUUUCUCCUCAGUACUGGGUAUCUGCAUCUGUCACUGCUGGAAGAGGGGUGCCGCUGCUAUAUUCCUUGUACGGCCUCUUUGGAUUUAUUGGAUUUUUUCCCUGCGCCUGCAGGGAUUUCCUCUGGCCCGACCCGCGGAUACACCGAGGCAGCUCCGUAGCUAGUGAUUUGGGCGAGUAGGCAGGCAGGGCACUUGUGGGUUAGCCAAAGCCAUGGGGCUAUGUUACAGCCUACGGCCGCGGCUCUUUGGUGAUCCCAGCGGCUCCAUCUCCAACGCCGCCACCACCUCGGAGAGCGAACAGCCCCCAGAACUGUCAGUGCCGCUCCGAGCCGGGGACCUGAGGCACGGAGACCUGAGGCACGGAGACCUGCACCGGCCGGGGGCAUCACAGCCAGGGGACGUGCCGGGGCAGCCCCGGAGAGUGGAGCAGUGCAAGCCCGGCCGAGGAGGGGACAGCCCGGACGGACUCCUGCUCUUACUGCAGAAUGGGGGAGGCAGCGGGGAGAGCAAACAGCAGCACAAGGCCAGUAAAGCGCCGCACCCCCAGCAGCACCCACCGCACCCCCAGCAGCAUCCUCUGCACAAGGGAUGGGACAAGCUCCGGCUGGAGGAGAAGGAGGCAGAGAAAGAGGCCAAAAAAGUCAGCAAGAGCAUAGACAGGGUGCUCAAGGAGCAGAAAAGGGAAUACAAGCAGACGCACAGGCUGCUCCUACUAGGUGCUGGGGAAUCGGGAAAAAGCACGAUUGUGAAACAGAUGAGGAUUCUUCAUGUUAAUGGAUUUAAUUCAGAAGAAAAGAAACAGAAAAUUCAGGAUAUUCGGAAAAAUGUUAAAGACGCCAUUGUGACCAUAGUUUCAGCAAUGAGCACUUUAAUACCUCCAGUUUCACUGGCCAAUUCAGAAAAUCAGUUCCGAGUUGACUACAUCAAGAGUAUAGCUCCGCUGUCUGACUUUGAUUAUACGCAGGAAUUUUUUGACCAUGCACAAAAGCUGUGGGAUGACGAUGGUGUGAAGGCAUGCUUCGAGAGGUCAAAUGAAUAUCAGCUUAUUGACUGCGCACAAUACUUUUUAGAGAGAAUUGACCAUGUUAGACAAAAUGACUACACACCAACAGAUCAGGACUUAUUAAGAUGCAGAGUUUUGACAUCAGGGAUAUUUGAAACAAGAUUUCAAGUAGAUAAAGUAAAUUUUCACAUGUUCGAUGUAGGUGGGCAAAGAGAUGAGAGAAGAAAGUGGAUUCAGUGUUUUAAUGAUGUCACAGCUAUCAUUUUUGUAGUUGCUAGCAGCAGUUACAACAUGGUUAUACGGGAAGACAAUAACACAAAUAGACUACGAGAAGCACUGGACCUGUUUAAGAGUAUCUGGAAUAACAGGUGGUUAAGAACUAUUUCUGUCAUCUUGUUUCUAAACAAGCAAGAUAUGCUGGCUGAAAAAGUCUUGGCAGGAAAAUCUAAAAUAGAAGAUUAUUUCCCAGAAUACGUGCGCUACACUGUACCGGAUGAUGUCUCACCAGAUACAGAAGAAGAUCCCAAAGUGACAAGAGCCAAGUUCUUCAUUCGCGAUGAGUUUUUAAGGAUAAGUACGGCAAGUGGUGAUGGAAGACAUUACUGCUACCCUCAUUUUACCUGUGCUGUGGACACUGAGAACAUUCGCAGAGUUUUCAAUGACUGUCGAGACAUCAUCCAGAGAAUGCACCUCCGCCAAUAUGAACUCUUGUAAUCUUUAUCACCGUGGAGCCUGUGGUUUUAAAUUCUUUGCUACUUUUACUGUCUCUUUGCUCUGUAUUGCUCCACACAGGGUGGAAAUCCCUCCAGUGCACAUUUUUAUUUCCUUUGUUAAUUUUAUUUUUAGCUGAUUUUUUUCCCUCCCAGCCCCCCUUAUUGAAAGAGGACAUCUUGUGUCCUAAGAUUAUUCCGUACACAUGCCACUUUGUACCAUUCCACUAGGCCAGUGCUGCUCAACACGUGGCUCAGCAUAGCAGUGGGCCCCUUGCAAAUCCCUAGCAGUGUUUGCUUAGUAAGCCACUUUUUGUAAGCUCCCAUUUCCCUCUCACAUGCUGUACCCCUUCUUAGCUGAAGGCGUUUGCUUCUUGCCAUCUGAAAUACACACUAUUCCCGCUAGGCCGAGCAUGCAGCCCUCUCUUCCUGUGUCAGGGAUUGCAGAUAGACGUAAAGGGUGAGCAGAGUUGGCGUAAACACUCCUUAAAGCCCCCCGCCCCCAGUGGCAUUACCUGCUCAUGUGACAGACAGCAGUUAAGGUUGAGCCAAAUCUUGCAGAACACUAGUUAUUACCAAGCACUUUUUCUUCUUUUUGCUGAUGUAGAAAUAUUGGAAUCAUUUCAUGUUCCACUUAAAUUUGAAGGUGGAAAAUUACCACUUUUAGUGCCGGGGUGUCAAGCUCACAGCCCCAAGCUUUGGGAACAGCUGCUCCCAGAAUAUUGGAUGGUGAAGGAAUUUUUAGUUCACUUCCAUUGAGCUGGGAGUUGGCCUUCUUUUUCUUUAGGGAUGGCAAAUAUUCAACCAUGCAAUGACACGAGAGGCAAUAUAAUCUUUUUUUUUUUUUUUUACUUAAAUUUCAUAGUUUGCACCUUUUAGAUGCAAGUAAAGCCAGCCAGCUUUAGUAUCCCUCAUAGCAAGCGCAGAGGGUGGGGGUGAGGUUUGCAAUCAAAGCCAUUGAACUGCAUAGGAACAUCCUCUGUGUGGUUCACCCUAAGACAUGAACUAUGAGAAGCACUGGCUUCAGCUCCUAGCUGCCAAAGCUGAAUGCAUGGAAGGACCCUCUAGCGGCUAAAGAGUUUCUAUGGAGAAGGGGACUGUAUAGACCUCUCCAGAAAUCAGGAAAAAAAAAAGGUGGCUCUCCAAACAACAAGUUAAUACCAUUCCACUAAGCCCUGGGCUACCUCUGUUAUAUUGCUUCUUUUGUUGGGCAGUGGUCCCUUGUAACGUAACCAUCUUUUUAGAUGGAGCUAUGCUCAGACCUAUCCCUGUGUGGUUUUAUAUCUAGAAUUUUUUGGUUUCGUUAUAGUAUUUUUCUUUAAAUGACACUGAAGAGUACUUGAUGGAGGGAAAAAAAUGAAUAAUGCACUUUGUAUCAGGUUCAUUACAAACAAAAACCAUACUGUCAAGGAACUAUACACACAAUGUAGCAGCAACAGAAUAUUUAUUGUCACAGUUUUUUAGCAUUGUGAAAGAGUUGCGGGUCAGCUGGUGCAGUGACCUGAGCUCUAACGCCUGGAGCUGUAAAAGGCCAGGCCUGUGAAUCAUUGCAGAGCAAUCAGGGCCCAGGCCUUUUCCAACACCGCUUGGAAAAAAAGAGCGUACUUGGAACAGUACCUAGAGUAGAUAAUGAAGAGGAAGAGGAAAGAUAAGCAAUUUUUUUAACUUUUAUUUUUAUGGUGUUUUGUGGCUAAAUGUUUCUGCACACCUCAGGCAUUCAAACUGCAGCUGCUUUCAGCCUCUCACAACAAGGCAGAAAAAGAUAAAAAAAAUUCACCCUCACUGAUAUUAUACGUUUGUCCUCUAAUGAUCUGUUUAGCCUUAGAUCAUUGCUGGGCGUUAGUCCUCUAUAUUGGGUUUUUUUUUCUGUUUAUUUUUUUUUUUUUUCCUUUUGAUUUUAUCUGCUGGUUUAUUAUAAUGUACAGAUGUAAAAUGUAAUAUUAUUUUGUACAACUUUAUUGAAAAAAAAACAUAAUACUUGUAGAAGAUCUUUGUGCCUUGAUUAUGGCUGUACCUGUAAAAUGAGCUAAGAUGUAAGUAUGUUUUUGAUUGCGCUGUACAGCUUGAUGUCAAACUUACCUGCAGCUGUGACUGCGGUUAAGACCUAUCUGUAGAAUUUAGUUUUUUUUCUGGUUUAUAUAAAAGAAGGAAAAGCUCUUUAGUACAAAAAAGACAAAAAAACAAACAAAAAAAUAUAUCUAUAUAUACAUUAUGCAAAUUAACCACUUACCUUUAUAAAUAAGGUCCUAGCAGCAGUGAUGUCCAACUCGUGGCUCUCCAGUGGUUGUUAUCUUCAACCGGCAGCAUGGGCUGGGCUGCAGGGCCACGGGCUGGAGCCACUGUGCUGUACAGGGCCACUUGUUGCAGCAAACAUGCCUUUUUCCCUCUAUUUUUAUGUGAAGGCGAGGGAAGGAGCAGAGAGUCUCAGCUUUAAACACAUCAGAAUUCAUUUUAUGUCCACAUUUGCAACCUAGUGGUGUAUUAGUGGGAACAGAGUCUUUUUUUUCUUUUUAACACUUUUAAGUCCUUCUAGAAACCUUCGGAUAAUUCCUUGACCGCCCGUAUAACAUUCCCAAUUCUGAGAGUAUUGCGAGCGUUCGCCCAAAAUAAGGAAACUUCCGGCACCCAUUAGUCAAGGCUUGUCUCCUUUUGUAACAGCAGCUGCUUUUAUUGUGCAAGCGAGUAGCACGACUUGGAAAGGAAAAAAAGGUGUAGCCUGAACAAUUAUACGAUGACAUUUUAAUUUCUCUUUUAAUAAAGAGACACAUUAGAAAGCUGGUUUAUUUUAAAUAUUCUAGAAUUGAUUAUGUGUGAAUAUUUCUCAAACUUGAAUAAUUUAUGCAAAUGUUCUCUAAAGAAGUUGUGGUACAAUACUAUAUAAAUAUAUA